AUGCCGAGGAUUGAGGAUCAAGCUGAUGGCAACGCGGCGACGCGCGGAUCGUGCAUGACCCCCGCGAUCCACGCCGCUCCCCCGCGCAGUGUGCACGUGAGCAGCAGCUGUGGCUCCACGGAUGACCCUCCUUCCACCCCUCCUGCGCCCCGCCCUUCACCGCUUCUCUCCACUUCCGCGGCCAACACUACCGCUGCCACUACCGCCACACCUCGCCCUCCUACGGCUGCUACCGUGGUUACACCGGGUGCAGCGGGGAGUGUGGCUGUUGCAGUGGGUGUGCCUGCUAACACGUCCUCUAGUGCGUGUGCCCCCACGGCCGCAGUGCACGCGCUGGUGCAUCUGCUCUCCUUCUCGCUGCCCUCGGCCCCGCGCUUUCGCAGCACCAUCGAGGCUGCAGAGGAUUAUGGUCAGGUGCCAAGGAAGAACAAUCAAGUGCCCAACAGUAGUGGGAGACUUCUAGGUGCGGCAGCAGCGAGGGAGCAGCUGAUUUGCAUUCUGCAGUCACCCCUGCUAUAG